CACUUUACCUAUCUGGAUUGCACGUGUGUAUUUCGAUGGUUGAGGAAGGUUGUUAGUGUUGAUGGCUGAACAAAGGGAACACUUCCGGAUAGAUGCUCAGUGAAUCUGUGGAAACAACAUUUAUGGAUUAAUGGACUUCUCAAGCAGCUGAACCACGUGUCUCUGUGUCUCUCUGGGUGUCUCUGUGUCUCUUUGGACAUAUUUCCAGCUAUUUCACUAUGUGGGUAUUCAGUGUUGCACAUCAGCACAAGUUGCUCCUUGUGUGGACUAGAAGAUUGCACCAGCCUGCAUCCAUCUCAAGAGUGGGCUCUCAGUUUGCAUCCCACCAUGUCUCAGCUCCUCUCCAGUGUCCAGAGGACAGCAGCAGCAGCAUCAACCCUGUGGUGAAGAGACCACGCAGGGUGUUCGGUGUCCAACACAAGCCUGAUGGAAGGCAGAAACAUGAGAGGUCAGUUCAGAGUAAAACGUGGAAAAGUGAGAUCCCAGUGGUGCAGAAGCCCAAUCAGAGGUGGGGGGAUGACAGCAGAGUGUCAUCUGAACUCAGGAGACUGAGUCUGGAGGACUUCCCUGAAGAGAAGGAGAGGCUGAUGGGACAGAAGUCAACACUGGACUCCAAAGCAGAGGACUACGAGGUUGUUUUUGGCAUCGCCCCCUGUGUCUUGGCUCUCAUACAGGGUAGAAGGAAGGCCCAUAAACUGUUCGUAAAAGACGGCGAGGCCUCUCACAGGGAGUCUGUGUUAAAGGCGUGUGAGGAGGCUCAUCGGCGAGGAGUACAAGUCCAGCGCGUCACCAAGAGAGAUCUGGACAAGAUGUGCUCUGGGCGAGUACAUCAAGGAGUAUGUCUGCAAGCGAGUCCUCUGGGCUACCUCACCGAAGACAGAGCACCCAACAAAGGAGAAACCCCUCUGUGGCUCGUCCUGGAGCGAAUUCAGGACCCGAUGAAUCUCGGCGCCAUCCUGCGCUCGGCUUACUUCCUCGGUGUGGACAGAGUCGCCAGCAGUCUUCGCCACAGCUGUCCGUUGUCUCCGGUGGUCAGCAAGGCCAGCUCAGGGGUCAUGGAGGUCAUCGGGGUGUACGGGUAUGAAAACCUCGAGGACAUGCUGAAGUUGAAGGUGGCGCAGGGCUGGCAGGUGGUCGGCACGGUGGGAGCUGAAGCAGACGAGUCCCAGAUUCCCGUCACCCAGUGUUCAGACUUCCACAUGACUAAACCCACGGUGUUGUUGAUGGGGGGUGAGGGGGAGGGAUUGUCUCAGCAGCUGCUGUCUCUGUGCCAAACUCUUCUCACCAUCCCAGCUGGCAGAGAGCUGUUCCCUGGUAUCGAGUCCCUCAACGUCUCUGUGGCUUCAGGCAUCCUGUUGCACUCUCUGCUGUCCUCCAGGAAGUCCACCAGAUGAUGACCAACUUUAAUAUCUGCCUGCACCUAAACCAAAGAUGCAAGGGAACAUUGAACAACAAAAUCACAUGUUGAGGACGAUGAUAUUCUGUUUUCCUCCGUCAACAAAUUCCAACAAUGAAUGUAUCUACUAUAAGAAGUAUUGUGUGUGUAUCAAAGCCUGAUGUAUCUUCUUCCUCUGUACCAUAUAGCUCCAUUAAAAACUAGGGUUGUCAAUUGAUUAAAUUAUUUAAUCGUGAUUAAUUGCAAAUUAAUUGCACAUUUUUUAUCUGUUCAAAAUGUACCUUAAA